UGAAAACACAUAGUCGCGCGCUUAUUUAAAUUCUCAUCAACUUUUUAACGCAAUGUGACAAAAAUGUUUGUAAUCUCGUUUUAUGAAAGCGUUUGGUAAAAUGGGCGAGGAACUUUAUGAUGAGGACUCUAAAAGUAACUUUAGUGUGUUAAAUGAAACUUUAGACGGUUUUACUAACGAAACGGUCUCUCCCGACGUACUUUUCCAACAAAAUUUAACAGUUAUUCUCGUAUACAGUGCACUGUUCGUCGUUGCAGCAGUCGGAAAUUUGACUGUUUUUAUUUCGCUGUUCAGGUCGAGACAUCGCAAAUCAAGAAUAAGUUUAAUGAUUCGCCAUCUUGCCAUCGCAGAUUUGAUUGUAACUUUUAUUAUGAUUCCAAUCGAGGUUGGUUGGAGAUUGACUGGCAAAUGGAUCGCUGGCAAUGUGGCAUGCAAAGUAUUUCUAUUUCUUCGAGCUUUUGGGCCCUACCUUAGCAGCAAUGUCCUUGUGUGCGUGUCCUUAGACCGAUAUUUUGCUGUUCUGCAUCCUCUCAGAGUCAACGAUGCCAGAAGGAGAGGCAAGAUAAUGCUUGCCUUCGCAUGGGGAACGUCGUUCGUUUACUGUAUACCACAGAGCUUCGUGUUUCGAGUGAGAGCACAUCCCAAGUAUCCGAAUUACGAGCAAUGCGUCUCGUUUGGAUUCUUUGAAAACACCGCUCAAGAAGUAGCUUACAAUCUAAUGUGCGUUAUGUGCAUGUACUUCAUUCCACUUUUCGUCAUCAUCGUUGCUUACACAGCAAUCAUGUGCGAAAUCUCCAAGAACUCUAAAGAUACAAAGGGAGAGUCAUAUCGUACCUCAAAUGGCAGGAUGAGACUACGACGUUCAGAUAUUAGCAAUAUCGAAAGAGCUAGAAGCAGAACGUUAAGAAUGACCAUCACCAUUGUUGCAGUCUACGUCUGGUGCUGCACACCGUAUGUUAUUAUCACUAUGUGGUAUAUGUUUGAUCGAGCAAGCGCUACAAGCCUACCGGAAUGGCUUCAGGACACAUUUUUCAUGAUGGUAGUUUCCAACAGUUGCAUGAACCCCAUAGUUUAUGGAAGUUACGUGAUCAAUUUUCGGCGAGUAAACUGCAACUGCUUUUGCUUCAGGAAGACACCGAGUGAAAGUCAUCUCAAUGAUGGAGAGGCGCAGGCGGCGGCAGGGCGGGGAAGGAGUUUAGCGCGGGGAGUUAUAAAAUGUGUCCUCAGGUUGCAGAAAGUAGGUUCAGGGGCCACGAGGAGCACAGCGAUGGUCCACGGCGUGGGUGGGAAUGGGUAUACACGCUCGCCUACACCUAAAUCAAACUUAAAUUUAACAGGACUCCUUAGCAAGAGCCGUUUACCUGACAAACCUCCAAGUGUCGGUCAUAUUUCGUUCUUAAGCGAGCCACGAACCGGCAGGAAUUACAGAUCAAGUUUUCAUAGCGAGCCAUGUUCGAGAUCUCGAAUGUGCCCGGAUGAACUUUGUCUCGACACUUCAUGCCACAGCGCUGAUUAUUACAGUUCUGCUGUUUUAUAGGAACAGGAGAUGUCACCCAAGUGUGACAUCAAAAUGGGCAUUAAUGGUGCAGUGGCUUUGUAUAGUUUUGAACCCAGAUCGCGAAAUAUUUAGUGGUUGGAGGAGGGACAAGUGCCUGAAAAGUGGACUCGGGAAUAUAUGUGCUGAGGUUGGAAUUCUCCAGUUUUACUACAACAACAGGGUUUGGAAAGCUGUACAUAUGACAAUUUUUUAUUUUUCUAUUUGUAAAGCAUACAAAUUCGUGUUUAACUAGGUAGGUAAUUCAAUCAAUUAACUACUAACUGUUUAAAUUAAAUAUCAA